UCUUCUCCUUUCUCUCUCUUCCUACUCUCCUUCCCCUCCCGCCGGCCGAUGACGUCGCCGGCAAUGAUGCCGCGAAGACCCAGUAAAGACUCUAAAGAGAAUGGAAAAAACCCAGCAAAAGGUUAAAAGCAAAAAAUAAUUGGCUCUUAUAUCAGUAUAAACCUCUAUGAUCCUUCGUUGAUUCAUCAAAACUGAUUCUGUUCGAUUAUAAGAUUAGGGUUUUGAAGAUUAUACAUUUCUUCAUUCGUCAAUUCUAGGGUUUUUCUCAAGAGGGUAAGAAAAGCAGGAUCCUAUUGUUAUUUCGAUCUACCCAAUACCAAAAGAUGAGUGCUUGUUUCACUUCCCCUUCACGGUUCAUCUCUUCACAAUCCCGUCAAUUUCGCUCCUCAAUCACCACUUCAUGGAGAUCAUUCUCUAUAGACUCCUCAAUUUCUCAACUUCCUGAACAACCCAUUACCUGUGAUUCGUCUUCAUCUUCCUCAAAAGAUGAUUUCUACAGACCCUUUUCAGAUAACAAAGCUGCUACAACUGUGGAAGUGAUAAUGAAUCUGUUGAGCCAUCGAGAAAACCCCAAUUCUGCAUUAGAUUACUUCAACUUGGCUGAGAAACAACGUUAUUCUGUAAGUUCUACCAUUGAACCUUUUUGUGUUUUGCUCCAUAUUCUAGUAAGCUCCUUGAAUCAUCAUACCAUAUGUAAGGAAUUACUGAACCGAUUAGUUUCAGGAGAUUCUUCCAAUACCUCUGCUUAUGUUUUUCUUGAUAAUUUGCUCGAGUGUUCUAGAAAGUAUGGAUUUGAUUUCAACACACCAAUUUUUACAUACAUGUUGAAUAGUUACAUCCGGGCUGCUCGAUUAAGUGAAUGUGUAGAUUGUGUUUAUAGAAUGAUCGAACAGGGAAUAAGCUUGUCCACAAGAUGUAUGAACAUUCUAUUUACUGCAUUGAUUAGAAAGAAGAAGAUGAACCGAGAAGCAUUGUCUUUGUUUGAUGAUUUGGUUUCUAGAAACGUGUUUCACUACGAUACAGCUACAGUCCAUCUGAUCAUGCGGGCAUGUUUAAAAGAGAAAGAUUUCGAAUUAGCAAAUCGAUAUUUUCAAGAUGCCAAGUCUCGUGGAAUUGAGCUACAUGCUGUUGUUUAUAGUACAGCUAUUCAAUUCGCCAUUGGAAAACCUGAUCUUGAUCUCGCUUGUUUGUUAGUAAAGGAGAUGAAGAAACUCGGCUGGUCUCCAUCGGAGGGGAUAUACACAUGCCUUAUUUCAUCUCUUGUGAAACAUGGGAACAUGACGGUUGCUUUAAGGAUGAACGAUGAAAUGGUCGAAAGUGGAAAGCCAAUGAAUCUAGUUGUCGCAACGAGUUUGAUUAAAGGGUAUUCCUCGCAGGGGAAGUUGAGUGAAUGUUUGGAUUUGUUUGAUGCGAUUGUGAAAGGUGGACUUAAUCCAAACAAGAUAACUUAUUCCGUCAUCAUCGAGGGUUGUUGUAAUAACGGAGAAAUGGAAAAGGGUUGCGAGUUUUUUAAACGAAUGGAAGCCUCGGGCAUUCAACCGAGCGUUUUCAAUUUGAAUUCGCUCAUACGAGGCUUCUUGAGAUCAAGUUGUCCGGUUGAAGCAUUCAAAUGGUUUAAUGAGGCGGUUGAUCGCGGGAUCGCUAAUGUGUUAACGUAUAACCAUAUGUUAUUGUGGCUUUGUAGAGAAGGGAAGAUGAACGAAGCCUCCGGUAUAUGGGAUAAAAUGGUUGGAAAUGGAUUUGAACCGACGGUUGUUUCGUAUAAUAACUUGAUACUCGGGCAUUGUAGGAAAGGUGAAAUGGAACUAGCAUCGUCUUUAUUGUCACGAAUGAGCGAAAAAGGUUUGAAAGCAAACGUGGUCACUUAUAGUAUCUUGAUUGACGGUUACUUUCGUAAAGGCGGUAGGGUUGAAGAGGAAGAAGCCCUCGGUGUUUAUAACCAAAUGGUCAGUUUGGGAAUCGCUCCGACUGAGUACACGUUUAAUACUCUAGUCAACGGUCUAUGCAGAGUCGGCCGCUCAUCGGAAGCAAGAACGAAGCUAAAAGAACUCGAGAAAAACGGGUUUGUUCCCGAUUGCCUAUCUUACAAUAGCCUCAUCCACGGAUUCAUCAAAGAAGGCGAGAUGAAUUUGGCAUUAUCGGUCUACAAUGAGAUGCGCGAAACUGGAGUUUCUCCAAAUGUUGUAACCUACACAACUCUUAUCGACGGUUUUUGCAAAGGCAAUAAUGUCGAUCUCGCUUUAAAGAUUCGAUCGGAGAUGAAAAUCAAUGGUGUCAAAUUAGAUGUCACGGCUUACAGCGCUCUAAUAGACGGGUUCUGUAAAAAAAGAGAAAUGGGGCGCGCGUGUGAACUUUUAAACGAGCUUAUCGAAUUCGGGUUGUGUCCGAAUACAAUUGUUUACAAUAGUUUGAUUAGCGGGUUCAAGAACGUAGGCAACAUGAAAGAAGCGGUUGCGUUUCAUCAGAGAAUGAAACUCGAGGGGGUUCCUUUUGAUUUGGAAACUUAUACAACGUUAAUCGAUGGGUAUCUUAAAGAAGGGGAGAUAGUUUUGGCUUCUGAACUUUACAGUGAAAUGCUUGGGAAGGGGAUUGUACCCGACAUUGUAACGAACACGGUUCUUGUGAACGGGUUGUGUAAUAAACGACAAGUGGAAAAUGCGAGGAAUGUUUUGGAAGAUAUGAAGAGGAAUGGAAUGGUUCCUGAUGUUUUAAUCUAUAAUACUUUGAUUGCUGGUUAUUUCAAAGAAGGGAAAUUGCAGGAAGCUUUUAAAUUGCAUGAUGAGAUGCUUGAUAAUGGCUUAGAACCUGAUGAUACUACUUAUGACCUUCUUGUAAGUGGCAAGUUCAAAGGAGAUAAACCUUUGUUCUUCUAAAUUUUAGAUGGUUAGAUGUAACCUGGUUGGCGCGUUUCAAAAAUGAAUUCACAUAUGUUACCACAUCAACGCCUAAGUAGAUUAGAUGACAAAAGGUUUCGAAUAAGAUGUUAGGUUCGAUUCUCAUUUCUUGAUAUAAGCAUUUGUAUUGAAGUUGGUGAGUUUAUAUCUUUAUGUUGUAGGUUUAGAUAUGAAUGAUAAGAUCUUCUUCUGGC